GUGAAUUCCCUGGAGCAGGCUAUGCUGGAUGCACUGGUUCUGGAUCGAGUGGACUUUGUGAAACUCCUUAUUGAGAAUGGAGUGAACAUGCAGCACUUCCUCACUAUUCCUCGACUGGAAGAACUUUAUAAUACCAGGUUGGGUCCACCAAAUACGCUGCAUUUGCUAGUCAGAGAUGUGAAAAAGGGAAAUCUUCCACCAGAUUAUCAUAUCAGCCUAAUAGAUAUUGGUCUUGUACUUGAAUAUCUCAUGGGUGGAGCUUAUCGCUGCAACUAUACUCGAAAAAGUUUUCGGACUCUUUAUAAUAAUUUAUUUGGACCAAAGAGGCCAAAAGCUCUUAAACUACUAGGGAUGGAGGAUGAUGAGCCUCCUACCAAAGGGAAGAAGAAGAAGAAGAAAAAGGAGGAAGAGAUUGAUAUUGAUGUGGAUGACCCAGAAGUCAGCCGCUUUCAGUAUCCCUUUCAUGAACUGAUGGUAUGGGCCGUGCUGAUGAAACGGCAAAAGAUGGCACUCUUCCUUUGGCAGCGAGGGGAGGAAACCAUGGCCAAGGCACUUGUGGCCUGUAAACUGUACAAGUCUAUGGCCCAUGAGUCUUCUGAGAGUGAGCUGGUGGACGACAUAUCUCAGGAUCUGGACAACAACUCGAAAGAUUUUGGCCAGCUGGCUGUUGAACUCUUGGAUCAGUCCUAUAAACAUGAUGAGCAGAUUGCCAUGAAACUACUGACCUAUGAACUGAAAAACUGGAGUAAUUCUACCUGCCUGAAAUUGGCUGUGGCAGCUAAGCACAGGGACUUCAUUGCUCACACAUGCAGCCAGAUGCUCUUAACAGACAUGUGGAUGGGGCGACUACGCAUGCGGAAAAACCCAGGCCUUAAGGUUAUAAUGGGGAUUCUCUUCCCUCCCACCAUCCUUUUCCUAGAGUUUCGGAGUUACGAUGAUUAUUCUUACCAGACAUCAAGAGAAAAUGAGGAAGGCAGAGAAAAGGAGGAGGAAAACGUGGAUGCAAAUGUGGAUGCAGGCUCCCAAAAAGGAGAUGAAGAGAAUGGAAAUAAAAAACAAAAGAGCCUUCCAAUUGGAACAAAGAUCUAUGAAUUCUAUAAUGCACCUAUUGUCAAAUUUUGGUUCUACACAAUAUCGUACCUCGGUUACUUGAUGCUAUUUAAUUAUAUCAUCUUGGUGCGGAUGGAACGGUGGCCAUCAGUUCAAGAAUGGAUUGUCAUCUCCUACAUUGUGACGUUGGCUUUAGAGAAAGUAAGAGAGAUUCUGAUGUCAGAGCCUGGCAAACUGAGCCAAAAAGUGAAAGUUUGGCUCCAGGAAUACUGGAAUAUUACUGACCUGGUGGCUAUUUCAGUAUUUAUGAUAGGAGCAAUUCUUCGCCUACAGAACCAGCCUUACAUGGGUUAUGGAAGAGUGAUUUACUGUGUAGAUAUAAUUUUCUGGUACAUUAGAGUACUAGAUAUCUUUGGUGUGAACAAAUAUCUGGGACCUUACGUCAUGAUGAUUGGAAAGAUGAUGAUUGACAUGCUCUACUUUGUGGUCAUCAUGCUUGUGGUUCUAAUGAGUUUUGGAGUAGCCCGCCAAGCUAUCCUGCACCCAGAUGAGGAGCCUUCUUGGAGACUAGCUCGCAACAUCUUCUAUAUGCCCUACUGGAUGAUCUAUGGAGAGGUGUUCGCAGACCAGAUAGACCUCUAUGCCAUGGAAAUUAAUCCUCCUUGUGGGGACAAUCUUUACGAUGAUGAUGGUAAACGCCUCCCUCCAUGUAUACCAGGGGCCUGGCUUACUCCUGCUAUUAUGGCCUGUUACCUCUUGGUAGCAAAUAUCCUGCUGGUAAACCUGCUGAUUGCGGUCUUCAACAAUACCUUCUUUGAGGUAAAAUCAAUAUCCAACCAAGUCUGGAAGUUCCAGCGGUACCAGCUGAUCAUGACGUUCCAUGACAGACCUGUCCUACCACCGCCAAUGAUUAUCUUCAGCCACAUCUACAUAAUCAUCAAGCGAAUCUGCUGUCGCUGCAAGAAGGGUGAUGGAGACCAGGAUGAGCGUGACAGGGGACUGAAGUUAUUUCUAAGUGAUGAAGAGCUAAAAAAACUCUAUGACUUUGAAGAGCAGUGUGUAGAAGAAUACUUCCAGGAAAAAGAGGAUGAGCAGCAGUCAUCUAAUGAUGAACGCAUCAGAGUUACCUCUGAAAGAGUUGAAAAUAUGUCCAUGAGGCUAGAAGAAGUGAAUGAAAGAGAACAUUUUAUGAAAGCUUCUCUUCAAACAGUCGACCUUCGACUCUCUCAGUUGGAAGAACUAUCUGGUAGGAUGGUGAAUGCUCUUGAGAAGCUGGCAGGUAUUGACAAAUCUGAGUUGACAUAUACACGUUCACGGGCUUCAUCUGAGUGUGAUGCUGCGUAUCUCCUAAGGCAAAGCAGUGUUAACAGCUCUGAUGGCUACAGCAUGUACAGAUACCAUGUCAGUGGCGAUGAGUUAACAUACGAUGACAGUACCACUCCUAUGUCACCAGCUAUGGGAUUGCGUAAAAAAGCCCAUUCUAUUGGUACCAAAGAAGAUGGAGCAGACCCAAGGAUGCUGGUUCCAGAACACCACACCAGUCUCCAUUGUACCUCUAGUGCUAAUGCAGUGACCACAGCAGAUUACAGUAAAUCUACAUUAGAAGUUGCACAGAGUGUUUCCAGACCCCGUUCUGUUUCAGGUGGUUUUGAGGAUGAAAAGCAGAGUAUUUUCAAGAGUGACGGAAUGGUUCCUCGAAGUAUAAACCAGAUGGAUGCUGUUAUGAACAGAGAGUCAGUACCAAGAUCAGAGUUUCAGAACACUCAGUUAAAAGUAGAACGUACGAAGUUGGAAGCAACCAUCUCUUAUCCCUUAGACAAAUCUAAAGCAAUGCGCUAUUUUCCUCCUGAAACGUUCAGUGCUUGUCAAACCACUAUGAUGAAGUCAAGGAGCUUUAUAUUUGCACAGGGUGGGAAACUGGUUGGAGGAGUUAACAACUGGACUACGGAGUAUAGUACCAUCAUGGAUCAGGUAUGCCCUACUGCAAUUGAACAAUGGGCCACAGAGUGGAAAUAUGAAGUUGAGCAGCAACUUUCCCAAGAGCGUCCUCCAGAAUACCCUGGUUUUGUCUCUGAAGCAGAAAGGCAAGCAGAGCAGAAACAGUUACAGAUGGACACAGAUGAUGACAGUAAUGUUGGUGAAGCAGGUAUGAGUGCCUCUUACACCUCUAUGCCUGCCACUGUCAAGGCUAAGAAAGCAAAUUUACUAUCAGUAAAGGCAGAAAGGACCUCUGGGUUCCCAUCAGUACGGUCAAAGAGUUUGCACAGCCAUUCUCGGAAAGCCAAAUCCGUAAAGGACAAAUUAAAUAGACCAGGACAUGCCAGCAGCGUAACUAAUUUGGUGGUAGCAUUUGGCAGUGCAACAGAAGAACAGAAAACUAAGCAGGAAAAUGCAUCUACAGAAACUGAAUGUUAA